GAGGCAGCAUCAUUACUGUCACAACAAUAAUUGCCCUCACCACAGUUAUUGUCUUUUACACACUUUGUGAGUACGUUUUACGACUCGAAACACUGCUUUUCUUGCCUUGGCUGGCCCGGUUUAUUUCUUUUGCUUUGUUACGUUCAUGCGCAGCGAUCCGAUCGGAGGGAAUAUCGAUAUCAGCUUCCCGACUCAUGAUAAGUUAGUGGCUGUAGCUACUACCCACUCGUCACUCUCAACCUCGCCUCUAUCGAAGCUUUUUGUUGCAUUCACCAGCUUAUUCCAAACCUGAGAAAUCUACCAAAAUGGCCGACGUGGAAAUGCAAGAUGCUAGCUCCGCAAAAGACAAGGCUGUAAAGACCUCAAAGUCCGCAGCUGGCGAAAGCUCCGAAGGCAAGAAGCGCUUCGAAGUCAAGAAGUGGAACGCCGUUGCUCUUUGGGCCUGGGAUAUCGUCGUCGAUAACUGCGCCAUUUGCCGUAAUCAUAUCAUGGACUUGUGUACGUUUGCGUGUUUUUUUUAUAUCUCGAGGAUGCUAACAAUAUUGGCAGGCAUUGAAUGUCAAGCAAACCAAGGUUCAUCUACCACAGAAGAGUGCACAGUAGCAUGGGGUAUCUGUAAUCACGCCUUCCACUUCCACUGCAUCUCUCGAUGGUUGAAAACCCGGCAGGUCUGCCCGCUAGACAAUAGAGACUGGGAAUUCCAGAAGUACGGCCGAUGAAAGCUUUCGAUUCUUUCGAUACUUUUGCGACACGACUCCUGGUCUUUCAUACUGACGCGUUCAUGUCUAUAAAAGAAAGGGCAUUUGCUCUACUAUCGGUGGACUCAUGAUCCACUUUGAUCAGCUGCAGGCACGCGGCGAUUCUACGUCAUUCAGCUACUAUAAGUAGUCUAUUGAUAAUAAUGACUCAUGACGAAAA